AUGACAACCCCAAACAAGACCCCACCUGGUGCUGACCCAAAGCAGUUAGAGAGGACUGGUACUGUUAGAGAAAUAGGCUCCCAAGCAGUUUGGUCUCUUUCAUCCUGUAAGCCAGGAUUUGGAGUGGAUCAGUUACGAGAUGAUAAUCUAGAAACUUACUGGCAGUCAGAUGGAUCACAGCCUCAUUUGGUGAACAUCCAAUUUAGAAGAAAAACAACAGUGAAGACACUAUGUAUUUAUGCAGACUACAAAUCUGAUGAAAGUUACACUCCAAGCAAAAUCUCUGUCAGAGUAGGAAAUAAUUUUCAUAAUCUCCAGGAAAUCCGGCAACUUGAAUUAGUGGAACCAAGCGGCUGGAUUCAUGUUCCUUUAACAGAUACUCAUAAGAAGCCUAUUCGCACGUUUAUGAUUCAGAUUGCUGUUCUAGCUAACCACCAAAAUGGAAGAGACACUCACAUGAGACAAAUCAAAGUGUACACCCCAGUGGAAGAGAGCUCCAUUGGUAAAUUUCCUAGAUGUACAACAAUUGAUUUCAUGAUGUAUCGCUCCAUACGAUAA